AUGCACAUCAUCGACGAAUGGCAAUUGAAAGUGAUUCCCAAGUGCAAGCAACGGAUGAAGCUAGAAUCAUGGAGAAUAUUUUCGAGAGAACGGAGUAAAGAGGACAUAAAACAACAACAGCCAAACCACAUCGCAGACUGGUUUCAUCAUGCAGGCCAAUAUGGUAUCCAAGAUGCAGUCGACCAGCCGACACUAAAAAGUGCUUUCGAGGAAAAAUGCCUAAUUGGCCAUACAGGGUGGGGGGACAAGAACAGGAGCGUGCAUGUGGUAGUGGAAGUUGGGCAACACGACUCCUCCGUAUAUGCACGGGCCAUGGCGACAUGGCAGUCUGACAUUGGCGUGGAAAGCGCAUUUGAACCGGAAUCAGUGCGUUGA